UUGAUAAAGCUGGUUCAAACAAACAGACUGACCUCAUUCCAACAUGGCAGCCAGCAGCACAGCAGUGACAGUUCUAGCUCCAAAUGGAAGGAGGCAGACGGUGAAGGUGUCGCCCAGCACACCGAUACAGCAGAUUUUGGAAGAAGUGUGCAAGAAACAAAACUUCAGUCCAGAUGAAUAUGACCUUAAGUUCCAGAGAACGGUGCUGAAUUUAUCACUGCAGUGGAGGUUUGCCAAUCUGCCCAAUAAUGCCAAGCUGGAGAUGGUGCCAAGUACCCGCCAAAGAGCUGGAGUGGAGAGCACAGUCCGGAUUGCUUUGCAGUUAGAGGAUGGGUCAAGACUCCAGGAUUCCUUUUCCUGUGGACAAACGCUUUGGGAACUGAUCAACCAUUUCCCACAAACUAGGGUUCCUGGGCUACAGCUGUCAGAAUCCACUCCUCUCUGUGUUUAUAUGAGAGACGAGAUAGCUGGCGAAGAAGCACUAAAGAAAAUGACUCUGAAAUCCCUCGGGCUAACUGGUGGCAGUGCCAUAGUCAGAUAUAUCCUGAAGAAAUCCAAAGUGCUUGAGCAGACAGAGACGAUGGAAAUGGGGGCUGCUGUUGAAGCAAAGCCAAAGGAAGAAGUUGAACCGUCUGCAGGGUUGGAAGCUGCCCCGUGUAAGAAAGAUGUUGAAAUACCUGUGCAGAAGCCAGCUUCAAGUGCCAUUUCUACAGAGGUGCAAAAUAAUGCUGUAGAGGCCAUCGCCCAUAAAAAGGAAUCGGUCCUGAAUGUAGAUAUUAAAGAGGAAGCGGUAAGGUUAGUGCCAACAAAAGAGGCGAUCAAAAAACAAGAAUCAAAGCCAGAGCCAUCUUCAGAAUGCCCAGGACCUUCUUCUGAACGACCCAAGAGCAUUAACCAAGAGCCCUCAGCAGCCCCAGAUCCAACACUGAGUACUUUUGUGCCAUUUUCUGGAGGGGGGCAGCGACUCGGAGGGCCAGGGGUUGAGGGACAGAGGGAAGCGGGCCUGGCAUCCCUUUCCAGCCCUGGAGGUCCACCAAAGGCAAAAAAGUCCAAAACCUGUUCUGAGUCAGGUGCCAAGAAGUCGCCGGGUUCCAAAAAUGAAGAACCGACUACUGAAGACGGGGAGGGUUUUUUAGAGCCCAUCGAUCGAGAGGCCCUGGUGUAUCACAUGGAUGCGGAGCACCGUCAGCGAGGGGAGGUCUUUGCUGAGGACCUGCCUGACGAGUUCUUCCAGGUCACCGUUGAUGACAUCAGGAAGCGCUUUGCACAGCUCAAGAGUGAGAGGGAGGUUCUUGAAGAGGCUCCGCUGUUGACCAAGUCCUUGAGGGAGUCUCGGAUGAAAGAAAAGAUGCAACGAUACCCCAAGGUUGUGGUGAGAGUACAGUUCCCUGACAGACAUGUUUUGCAAGGAUUCUUUCGACCUUUGGAAACAGUGGGUGCUGUGAGGGAGUUUGUGAGGAAACAUCUUGAGGAUCCAGACCUCCGAUUCUACUUGUUUAUUUCCCCUCCAAAAGUGAUUUUGGAUGACCUCACAGACACCCUUUUCCAGGCUAACCUAUUUCCAGCAGCUCUGGUUUACUUUGGCUCCGAUUUCAAGACAGAUUUCUAUUUACAGAAGCAGUUCUUGAACUCCACUGUCUCUUCCUCACAAGCGGAUGGUGCCAUUGCAGGCUGCAUGCCCAGGUCUCCGACCCCAUCAUCCAGUUCAAUGGCUUCGGAAGCGACUUUUCCGCCCCCUGCAGAGAAGGACACGAGGUCCGAUCACCAGAGCACAGCAGCAGACGAGCCCCAACCCCACUCAAACAGCCAAGCGCCAAAACCAGUUAACACUGAUCCAGGCAAAAUCCCAAAGUGGCUCAAACUGCCAGGAAAAAGAUGAAAAUCAAGGAAGAUGAUUGUAGAAUUGCAGGAGCUGCGAGAUGAAGUCAGAUGUGUGACGCUAGGGAAAUGAAGCACUUUUAGACUACAUUAUGAAUGUCAAAUGUUUACACUUCAAUGAAAGACAUUUGUACAAACCUGCAUUAACUAACAGUUUUACAAUAAAAUGUAUAGUAAAUGGA